GUUUAGUUUUUUCGGGUACAAGUUUCGUAUUUCAUGUUAAUUGUUCUUGAAUCUUUUGACAGUUAUGCCUUGACAGCGGGCCAAAUCAACUAGUUCCUACUCUUCAUGCAUUGGAACCUUAGCAGGAAUAAUGAGCAUUAAGUUUAAUGCGGAUCGAAAGCGUAAACGGCUCAAACAAUCCAGCAUCGAGGAGAGUUUCAAAAGACAUCGGACCAUGAUGUCAAUGGUGCCCCUUCACCUCCUAGACGGGAAAGAAGAGCUCCCAAUGGAAAACAUCCAACACAGUUCAUCUCCAUUAGAGAUGGUCAAUGAUCAGGAAGGAGAUCUUAGAAAGAAAAGGGCUCUUCUGGCUGAUGCUGCAGAGAAAAGGAGGGGUGCUUCAAACACAGUGUGUACUUCAGUAACAUCUACAGCAAGUUCAGACAUGGUUGUUGAAGGUGGAAGCAAAGAUGAAUUAAGUGAUAAUGAUGACAACCUCGUCGGCUUUGACGAUUCUCCUUUAAUGUUCACAGAUUCACCUAGCCCUGUGCCUGCUCCAGUAGAGAUACCAUCCAUUCAGGCCACUGAGAGAUUUGUUUCAGGACCCUCUCUUUCAACUGAUUUUGUUGAACCUCCCAAACCCUCUCACAAAAACUACAGAGACAGAUGGGAUAAAAACCAUGUAAGGAUGCCUUGCUCAAGAGAAAACCUUUACCCAGGACAGUGUGAAAAGAAAAUUAUUCAGAAUAGAUGGGAGCUAAUAGAAGCAACCUUAUUAGGAUCAAUCACAAACUCAGUUGAUCUACAGGAUGCAAUUUUAAAGUACAAUGCUCACUACUCCAAGAGGUGGAACUUUGAAGCUCUACACAGCUACUUUAAUGAGGUACUGGAUGUCAGCCAAAGAAAUGAAUUUUUCAGCAAGACAUUACCAGAAAUGGUGUCUCUUACUCUUCAACUUCCCACUUUGUGUACACAGGCCAUUCCUCUUUUAAAACGGCAACAGAAUCACAGUAUAACAAUGAGCCAAGAGCAGGCUGCCUGUCUGUUGGCCAAUGCAUUCUUUUGUACAUUUCCAAGACGCAACUCUUACAAACACUCCGAAUAUUCGUCAUUUCCAGAUAUAAAUUUUAAUAGAUUAUUUCAAGGCGGGAAGGGAGGAACAAAUUCAGUCAAAACAGAAAAACUUCAGGCCAUCUUUCAUUACUUCAAGAGAAUCAUCAAGGAGAUGCCUAAGGGAACUAUUACUUUUCAAAGACAGGUUGUGGAAUCUUCUGACAUGCCUGACUGGGAAAGAUGUAAUACGCUGUUUGGAAAACUUCACGUCUCCACUAGUGGUACAAUUGAAGACAACGGAACGGGAUUUCUUCAGGUUGAUUUUGCAAACAAGUACAUUGGUGGAGGUGUUAUAGGCGAGGGUUGUGUCCAAGAAGAAAUACGCUUUCUUAUAUGUCCUGAACUGAUACUUUCACGGCUGUUUUGCGAGCGGCUUGAUAACAAUGAGUGUCUCAUUAUAACAGGCGCAGAGCGUUACAGUGAUUACACGGGAUAUGCGCACACGUUUAGAUGGGCUGGUAACCAUAGCGAUAGAACAACAAGGGAUUCUUGGGGAAGACGGCACUCUAAGAUCGUGGCCAUAGAUGCACAAGUAUUUCGCUGUUAUACCGAUCAGUUUCAAGAUGGUCUGCUCAAGAGAGAACUGGACAAGGCGUACUGUGGGUUUUACUCCCCCGUAGAACGGAAAUAUCUUCCAGCGAUUGCCACAGGAAACUGGGGCUGUGGCGCCUUUGGAGGCGAUCCUAGAGUCAAAGGUUUAAUUCAAAUGAUGGCGUGUGCUACCGGGUCUAGGGACGUGGUUUAUUUCACGUUUGGAGAUGCUGAAUUAGCGGAAGAUCUUCUCAGUAUUCAUUCGUUUAUCACAGAACGAAAAUUAACAGUUGGUGAUGUUUGGAAGCUGAUGCAGCGAUACGGAAAACAAAUUCGAGCAGCCAGCUCCGUGACAGUAAAGCUAUAUACAUUUAUACGUCAGUUGCAUAAAGAUUACGAAGAUGAUACUGAUGAUGAACAACCUGAGAAUAAAGAAGAAAAUGCCGCCACCUUGAACUACAGUCUUGAAAAUGAUUGUGAAUCUUACAAAUCAAACUGCAAAGAUGUUGUGUGACGGCAAGUCCCUCGGAUCGUUUCGUGGUUAAGAACUGAAAAAGGGCAGCGGACUGCUUUGUAUACUUAAGUAUUGUGUGACGACCAGGCCCUAGCUAACGGUUACGUGACCUCGCGAAACUGAUAAUCAUGCGGUGAACACACCCUCCGUCAGAAAGGCAACUCCAAAGGCAUAAGAAGUGGUGUACUACAUAUGUUCUCCAUAUAGUGCGUGACUCUUAGACAAUUAAGUGUCACGAAAAAGUCAAAUCGAUUAACGCGUGAGAAAUUGUAGUCCGUUGAUGCAAAGCCAAAGGGAAGUCCAAAAGCAGAAAAGUUAUUAUGUGACUACCAGUUGCGUGAUCAAGGGCCACGAAAACCGAAUGACUGCCGGACAUAACGGUAUUUAUUCGAUUAAGCACCCAACCUCGAAAAAUUCCUCCACCCCCCCCCCCACAAAAAAAGGAAAAAAAAAUUUGAAGAUCACAAGAGGAGUAUUGUUAGUCGUUUCUGCAUUGGUGAACAAUCUCUGAAUUCAUAAUUCAUUGUUUUGUUGCAAAAUAAACUUACUUCUUGCUGAAAAUGAUAAAAGUUUGUUAAGGGCCCAUCUUCGAAUAAGCGCCCACUUUCAAGGUCCAAAUAUUUAGUAAGCCCCCAGGGCACUUAAUCGAAUAAAUCCGUAAGGGAGUUUGUGUGUUUCGUUAGCAAUUUAUUUUCAGACUGUUAUUUAUCGGUUUUAAUUAGGAAAUUAAGAUCGAGUUGUUAAAGAGAGGUAUAUUAUUCCUAUCUGGUUGUUGCAAAAUUAAAAGCCAAAAAUAAUUAAAUUUAAGCGUUUUAAAAAUUGUGCAGCGUGAAAUCAAUGUUAAAUUUGUUUAAAUAACAAAA